ACAAUUCGUCAGUUUUCUGUCCCUCUGCUAGUACUUGCCAGUUCCCCAUGGCGGCCCAACCCAACGCCAACCCACGCCUCGACCACCUCUCGCGCGUCCUCGCCUCCGACCGCCCGCCCCCGCCGGCGGCCGCCGUCCACGGGCACCUCAUCCGCGCGCACGGCGACACACCUCCCCCGGUGAUCCGCGCCGCCCUGAACCGCGCCAUCCGCCGCCUGUCCAAACCGCGCCCCCUCGCCGCGCUGCGCCUGCUCCUCCUCAUGCCGCGCCUGCCCGUCUCCCCGGACCACUACACCCUCCCCUUCUCGCUCAACGCCGCCGCCUCCCUCGGCCUCCUCCGUCUCGGCGCGUCGCUGCACGCCGUCGCGCUCCGCCUCGCGCUCGCCCCCUCCUGCCUCCCCGUCGCCAACGCCAUCGUCGACCUCUACGCCAAGUGCAGCGACCUCCCGGCCGCGCACGCCGCGCUCGCCAGCAUCCCAUCCCCUGACGCUGUCUCGUUCAAUUCCUUACUCUGCACCCACGCCCGCUUCGCUGCUGUGCCCGCCGCCGAGUCCCUCUUCACCUCCAUGCCAUCCAGAACCCAGGUCUCAUGGAACGCCAUGGUGGUCGUGUACGUCAAUGCCGGUGACUUCGCUUCUGCUCGCCGCGUGUUUGAUGAAAUGCCUGCCAGGGAUUUGGCGUCGUGGUCGGUGUUGAUUGUGGGGUACUGCAAGCACGGGUUCAUGCCGAGCGCGCGGGAGCUGUUUGACAAAAUGCCUAAGAAAGAUCUUGUGACAUGGACGGCGAUGAUAAAUGGGUACGCUCAAAAUGGUCGGCCUGAGGAUUCACUUGCAUCGUUUAGGAAACUGGAGGCUGCUGGGAUUGAGCCAGAUGCAGCCACCAUGGUCGGAGUUAUCUCGGCCGCUUCGCAGAUAGGCAGCAUGGAAUUAGCUGGGCAGAUUGGAGCUAUUGUUGACAAUAGGAGGAUUGAAAGGAAUGAGAAGGUGCUCACGGCACUGGUAGAUAUGCACGCCAAGUGCGGGAAUGUCGAGCAGGCUCUCAAUGCUUUUAGGGAGAUUGAACAGCCGGAUGCAUACCCUUACACUGCACUUAUUAGUGGGCUGGCGACUCAUGGGCAUGCGAAGCUGGCACUUCAAGUGUUUGAAAGGAUGCAAGCUCAGGCAGUGAGACCUGAUCCGAUCACUUUUGUCGGCGUGCUUACUGCGUGCAGCCAUGCAGGGCUUGUUGAUUUGGGUCUGGACUAUUGGGAAGCAAUGGUGCAGGAUUAUGGGAUUAACCGUCGGGCAGAUCACUAUGCCUGUGUUGUAGACAUGCUUGGUCGUGCUGGGAGGCUUCAGGAGGCUUUUGAGAUGAUCCAAACAAUGCCAAUGGGGCCCCAUCCAGGUGCUCUUGGAGCCCUGCUGAGUGCGUGCAAGACGCAUGACAAUGUUGAAAUUGCAGAAGUUGUUGCAGAUAAGCUUUUUGAGUUGGAACCUCGAAAUACUGGGAACUAUAUAAUGUUGUCAAGCAUAUAUGCUGGGAAAGAACAAUGGGAGGAGGCAGAAAGAGUUAGGUCGCUGAUGAAAACGAAAUUGCCCUUCAAACAGCCAGGGUCUAGUUGGGUUUAGAUCAACAGGAGUGUGGCAGGAUGUCCCCGAGGAGCUGAAAAACACCAAAAACAUCUUUCUUUGUGAUAUGUGUAUUCUGGCGAGAUACUGAUACACAGGCAAUUGAACUGUCAGGAGUGCUGCUAAGGAUCAUAAUGCUACCAAGCCAUGCGGGGCUUGUUGAUUUAGAUUCAGACUAUUGGGAAGCAACGGUGUAGUAUUAUGGGAUGAACCAUUGGGACUGAUCACUAUGCCUGUGUUAUAGACAUGCUUGGCUGUGCAGGGAGGCUUGAUGAGGCUUUUGAGAUGAUUCAAACUAUGCCAAUUGAGCCCCAUCCAGGAGCUCUUGGCGUGCUGAGUGCAUGCAAGAGUCACGACAAUGCUGAGAUUGCAGAAGUUGUUGCAAAUAAUCUUUUGGAGUUGGAACCUCGAAACACUGGGAACUAUGUACUGCUGUCGAGCAUAUAUGCUGGGAAAGAACAAUGGGAGGAAGCAGAAAGUGGUAGGUCACUGAUGAAAACAAAAUUACAGUUCAAACAGCCAGGGUCUAGUUGGGUUGAGGAUUAACACAAGGAGUGUAGCACUCUUUGUUAUAUGUAAAUUCUUGUAAAACAGUGCAAGUAUCCAGGCAUCAAACAGAGCCAAUUGAAGUGUCAGGAGGGCAGCUACGGAUCAUAAUGCUAUGAAGGUACACCUUUGCUUUUUCACAGCUCAUGUUAUCUAUGGGAAUCGCCGUGAGAAUUUUUUAUUUUAUUGAGCCGCGUUUCCACUGUAAGUUUGUCAUCUACAACGGGUUGAUGUUGCUGAGCAUAACUAAUCCUACAAUUUGAGCUAUGCGUCUUAGACAGAGUGUUUGAACAAGAUAUUUUAAUUUAAUGUAUGGAUGGAAGUAAAUAUAGCAGUUUGAACUCUACAUUGUAGUGCUUACAACUAUAAGGAUUCAGCUAGAGAUUUUUUAAUAUGCUCAGUGUGCAACACCAGGUCCGUUGCAAAUUAGUGAGAUCAGAAAGCAACAAUUUUCUCCUGAAGAUUGAAAUGAUUAUUUACAUCAUGCACUCCACACAGAUGGGUGUAUAUUGUCCAGAACGAUAGGUAAAAAUCAUCUUAAGCAGAACUGCAGAAGAACUAUAGUAACUGUUUUUCUCCAUGGUGGUUAUCCACUUCCACAAAGGGUGUUCAUCCCAUAUUGUACACUAAUGAUAGCAUGCUAAUUGCUGCAUUUUUUUCAGGGUAUUCCUCAGCUUGACUUCACUUCCUCAAUCGCACGUUUUAACUCAUCAAUCUUCGCACCGGUGACCU